AGCUGGAAAGCCCCCAUCGUAGUGUAUGUCCACGUUGUAGAGAUGGCGUUGUAUCAGCUAAAUCGUGGGCAUGACUACUGUCAGGUGUCAGGUUUUUCUCUGGAGUCUCUGGAGUCUCUGGUUUUACAUGGCAACUACGAACACGAACGCGUGUGAUUCGCGAUAAAUGGCUGGCUCGCUAGGCACGGUCGACUGGGAAGAUCUCAGAAAGCAGGCAAGACAUCUAGAAAAUGAGAUCGACGCGAAACUAGUAGCGUUCAGCAAGUUGGGUAUAAACACAGGCACGAGGCAUGUUAGCACAGAAGAGGUUCCUCUCCUCGAUGAGGAGCAGGUGUUUGAAAACAUGGCGUCGGAAAUUGAAACACUGCUCUCCAAGUUGUUCUCCAUAAACGAGAGAAUGAGUGAGUUGCAGCCAAACGGAGCAGCUAUGCUGCACACAAUGCAGCGCCACAAGGAGAUACUGAAAGACUACAAACUGGAAUUCAAUAAGAUUAGAAAUAACUUUACAGCCAGGAAAGAUCGUGAGGAUCUGCUUGGCAGUGUUCGUAAGGAAAUAGAUAAUUACAAAAGUGCAAGUGGAUUGAAUCGACGCGAAAUGUAUCUCAAGGAAAACCAACACAUUCACAAUUCCGAUCGAUUGAUCAAUGAUCAAAUAAGCAUAGCGAUGGAGACACGGGAUCACCUGAUGACUCAGAGACAAGCGUUCAAACGUAUACGAACCCGAUUCAAUGAUAUCUCUAAUCGAUUUCCGGCGGUGAACAGUUUAUUGCAGAGGAUAAAUCUGCGUAAGAGAAGAGACUCCGUUAUACUCGGUCUCGUCAUCGGUGUCUGUACGUUUUUAAUGCUUCUAUAUGCUUUUCAUUAGAUAACACUGAGAUACUUCCCGUCGCGUCUCCAGAUAGCGAUUACUUCAUCAUGAAUUUUUGCAAUACGUUUCUCACAGUAAAGAUAUACGUACGUUUAAGAGGUACUACAGAGAUCUAAACACAGGAAUUUUAGUAUAAUAGGGUAUGCAAGAGAUUUUGUAUGUGUGCGUCGCAUGAAUGAUCGAACAAGUGUACUACUUGCGUAGUACAAAUAUGUAUGAAAACAAAUUUGUCUGUAUAGUUUUUUUAUACUGAAGUAUAGGAUGUGGGAUACAUGAUGUAAACGGUACUUUCAUCCACGUUCGACAUGUUAACUUAAUAAAUGUUGAAAAAUGGUGCAAUUUUUGUUCAUAAUUAUA